UAGUGGUGGUGAUGGUGGUGGUGGUGGUGGGGCGUGCCAAGCAUCAGCCUCACCUGUUGGCGCUCAGUGUAGCAGUGACAGUGGCUCCACCCCGCCUCGGACCUGCGGCAGGGUGACUUGUGACCAGGUAUGUGAAGCAGAUAUCCGAUACAUGUUGAAACAUCGAACCCUCAGUGCAAAGUGUUGCGUGAGGCGCCAGUGUGCAGGGUCUGGAUUACACACCAAACAAGAGCCAAGCCUAAGUCCGAAGCGUGUGUCUCUACUAAGAGUUGUUGAGAGGGGCACGACUCCUGACGUGGAGCUGUAGUCGUGUUCUUGAACGAAGCUUUGUAAGUUCCCGAACACAAUACGACUCAGUGCACUCGAAGCAAUCCCCGCAUCCUCAGUGUGUGGAAAGUUGACGUCUUCCACUUCCCAUGGUCAAGUGUCUGGCGGUGCCCAAAGUGAGCAGUGGACAGCGUCGCCUCAGGCAUGUCCUCGCCCUCUGUCAGCGUCCUCUCCAUGGCCUCCCUCGGAUCCUCGGUAGCGGGAGGGCCACCCAAUCUCCCUCUCAACGCUGACAGGGGCGGCAGAGGGUGUGAUAGGGAAGCAGAAGGAGGAGGAAGAGGAGUGAGGCGGAGCAGCGAUGGCGGAGGCAGCGCGAGUGACGUCACUGCCAGGAGCAGCGUGUACUCCAGCACCAGCUACGCCACCAGCAGAGGGUUCAGGCCCCAGGCGGGAGACCACUCGCUGCCCCAUCCCGUGGCGCCCCCGAGGAGUCGAGGCACCGUUGUCACGCCGCCCGCCCGAGGCAUCAAGAAGUCCUCCUCUGAGAUCAUGGGCCGGGGAUCAGCGCCGGGCCGGAGCAUCCUCAAGUCCUCCUCGGGCGUCCUUAAGUCCCACCAACACACAGAAGUUCCCUUGUCCAAAUCAUCCUCAGGGAUCACCGCGCCCCUUCCUCCUCGCGUCAACUUCAACACCACGGUAGUGACCAGCGACGACCCCCCGCCGCCCGCCGCCGCCGCCCCUACCCCCAGCAAGCCUCCCUCUGAGACUCACACCACCGGAGUUACAUCUUUGCCGACUUCGAGGUCGCUAGCGUCCCCACCUGUGGCCCCGCCCAGGCGGCGCAGGGCAGCAGCCAGGGUGAAGGGUCGCCGCUACACACGCAGCGGCUCUGGCAGACUCGUGGAAUUGCUCAGUCCGACUGGAAGAACACUAACUCGACAACCACCUGACGAAUCUGACAAUCAGCGGCGGAAGGCAGAAGACUCAGGUGCGUCCGGGCAUUUGUCGAGGACCAGGCCGCCCCAGCAGGAGUCACAGAAGAAUGUACAGAAACCAGGAAGGCAGCCACAGACACCCGAGGCACCAGAAGGCUCGGCUGCCACUCACUCUCUAAAAAAAUCACAACUAUCCCAGCAAAAAGAAAGUGACCUCAAGAAACAGCAGGAGCAGCGACAACAGCAGCAGCAACAACAACAACAACAACAACAACAACAACAACAACAACAACAACAACAACAAAAGGAUGACAAAGAUACCGCGGUUCCUCAGUACCAGCUAAAGUUCCUACAACAACGGCAGCAACAGCAACAGAAGGAGGUCCGAGAUUAUGACCAUAGACAGAUCCCCUACCAGUUCAGCGACGCUCAGGAGGGCCUGCCGCUGAGGAGUCAGCACGGCCAGCCUGAGGGUGAAGAAUUCAACUUCCUCAAGAAAGAUUACAAUAAGCUCAGGCAAGUCCCGCCUCUCCAAAGGACGCCGACGAUCGACAUUCCUGAGCCGCGGCGCCGUGCAGGGGACGAUCACCGCACUCUGUACGAGCAGCAGCUGGUGCGCGCCGGCUCACUAGGGAGCGGGGAACCAGCUGCCAUCUUAGAGCAGAGACGAAGCCGCUCUCCGCUCAGGACUCCUGGCCGAGCACACCCGGUCAGUGUUAUAAAUGAGGGUAAAUAUCCUUCACCUUUAAUCUCCAGCUCUCCCCCUGAAGCAGGCCGAGGUGCUGCUCUCGAAAGGAAGCACAUCCUUAGCCAGGACACACAAACCUCGCGGGAUUCAAUCUAUUCUCAGCUUUCAAAGUCGAGUGAAAAGAGCCGAGUAUCUGAGGCAACCAGGCCACUCCCCUUGGUGGGCGGGGCGGCUGCGGCUGACUCAAGGACGGGGAUCAUUCGCGCCGCGGCAAAGGCCUACACUGAAACCUACCAGUCUUACUCAUUUUCAGGAUACCUAACGAAGAACAAAAGAGACUCAGUCGGAUCGAAAGAAUCUCCUUCAUUAAAGGACUUCACUGAAGUCGAGGUAGAAAUUAAGCAACCUUCAGGCGGCAGCAGCCAGCGGGAGCCACAAGAGACCCCUGCUGCAGCCAGCCACAGCAGCGGCCCUGCGGCUCUCAGCAAGUCACAGUCUGGCAAGAUCAUUGUUCCUCUCACCUCCUUCGUGCUCGCCAGCAAGUCAUCAGAGCCUGUGACGAAUCUCGAUAAAGUGGUAAUUAAGCAACCCCUCAGCGGCGAAACGUCAGUGAUCAAGAUUAACGCAGCAGAGACCAAAGAAGCGCCAGUCAUCGGGAACACAGGCGCGUGUCACAAGGCCGACCAGGAGCGGGAGAAAGGUGACACCGGCGGCCAGGAAAACCGGAGCAAACCUGCUCACCCUCAGCCCCCCACUCUACAACACAAGCCCCCCUCCAAGGACAAGGACAAGGACACCCCCGCCAAGACCCGAGACAAACCCACCAACACCUUCCGCAGUUCUUCCUCCAUAAACAAGAAGCUCCCUCCUUUCAUCAGUGGAUUUCACUUCUCUCACGGCGGCGACAAGAUGAAGGGCAACAACGAAGGGGCGCUGCUGGUGGCGUGCCGGGUGGGCGAAGAGGACCAGGUGCUGAGGCUGCUGAAGGAGAUGACGGCUGCUGGAGUGCUGGACGCGGCGGUACUCAACCAGGUGGACCGUGCUGGCAGGACGGCGCUGAGUUACGCCUGUGCCAACGCCUUCCAACGAGUGGUGGAGGUGCUCACGGGUCUGCCGGGCUCCGACAUCAACAAAUCUGACACCGACGGCAACACUCCCCUUCACUUCGCCUCGCAAGCUGGUCACACGGAGGUAGUUUCGCACCUGGUUAACAAGUGCAACAGAAGCGUUGACCUGGACGCCCGCAACGCUUUAGGGUUCACCCCACUCAUGAAGGCAGCGUUGCAGGGCAGGACCAAAAUAGCGAAGAUCCUUCUUUUCGCCGGGGCGUCACCUCACCUGCGGGAUUUCGGGCGGGGAAUGUGCGCGGUGGAGUGGGCGCGCUACACAGGCCGCCACGUGUGUUCGGAACUCAUUGACAGCAUACAGAAGUCAUGCUCAAGUCACAUCAGAGACAGGUGGACCAGUGACCCCGACCUGAAAUCCCACUCCUCCACGUCCAUCAACACACUGGGCCAAGGGGACAACAAGGAGUCUUGGAUAAAACACAAGAUCAGAAAAGCGUUCCACAAGUCUGAAUCGAAAAAGGAAUUCAGCGUAGUAACCAACCUCUCCACCAUGGCUGUCUGUGCCACCACCCCAGUCCUCCCUACCGCUGUUGCCUCACAGGAUCUCAAGCCGCACCAAGUGGUUGUUCCACAAGUUCAGGUGACGGAGGUUAAAGUCCCAGACUGUUAUGAGGAUCCUGAGGACACUCUCAGCCGCCUUCCUCCACCACCACCACCCCCUGCCCUGCCCUCAGAAGAGGUUUCAUCUUCCUCCCCUUCAAAGUCCCCCAAGAAGCAGCCUGCUCGGUCAGCUUCUAGCAACACCGCUUCUAGCACCUCUCCUCCUUCAUCACCACCAUCAUCCCCACCAGCAACUGCCACCAAACCUUCCACUUCACCCACCACUCCUGCAGCAACAACCUCACCCAGUAAGGAUGAGUCACAGAAGGAGACUUCAAUUGGGGAAGCAAAGGCCAAUGGAGCAGCAAAGACCACAUCUCCCACCAAGGUGCCCUUUAGUACGUGUAAGAAGAAAAAAUAAGUAAGAUUUAUUCUGGCCAAGAUGCCGUAUUGGCAGAUGUGUGGUUGAGACACCAUCGUCUGUCUCCUCCACCCCAUCACACGGAGACACACCUCUGGAGCCAAUGGUACACUUUUAUACCUGCUACUGUUAUUCACUUCACCAACAUGUUGGUAGAUGUUUUAAUGCUGAGACUCUUCAUAAUUAUCAUCUAAGGGGAGUAUUCAUACAGGCACUCAUGUAUCUUGUGAGUGAGGCCUGUGGACUCACCUCAUCUUCAGGCUAUGCUCGCAGUAUCAAUAUGUGCAUGUAUAUCUUUAUAUACUUGUACCACAAACUUACAUACAUCACCCACUAUUAUGUUGUGUCAUCAUUUAUGAAGGCAAUGUUAAAUCUCUCCUCUUUUGUAUACAGUUAAAAUAUAAACAGUUAAGAAGUUAGCAUUAGAUUCCGAUACAAUUCUCGUAGUUAUAACAAUUAUCUCAUAGUUGGGAAUUUACUGCCAUCUGAUCCUCGUGUUUUAUUGUCAGUUGAAUGCAGCAGUGUUUGGGUUGCUGUGGCUGCUCUGACUGUGGUGGAGAACGGUGGAGGAAUAGAAAGUUGCUAGUGGAGAAUGUGGGUUGACAAAUGUCUCUUUUUUUAUCUGUGAUUCAGGAUUUGUCACUGAACUAGCUGCACUCAUCAUGGUGUUGAGGCAUGGCAUGUGGUCCAUUCUGUCACUGUCAGCAGUGUCUGCACUCUUUGCAGAUACUUGCUGAUAAACAGCUGCAGUACCUUUUGGGGUUGUUGAGCUGCUUUGCAGAUGUUACACCUGACCUCAUUAUUUUUCCACAAUUUACAGUUCUGUCUAUGUUCAUCAUAAGACACCUUACUAUAACUACUCUGAUCAUAGUUAUUCAUUGCAAAUCUCCACACCCAGCCCCACACUACUAAAUACACUGUAGUUAUUCACAUAUUUCAUUUAUUUAACAAUCCAACUAAAGAUUAAAGAUUAUUAAUUUAUACAACCAAAAAUUAUUAGUAUAGUUUCUCAUCAGCUAGGUUCUCACACACUACAAGAAAUUAUACAUGUGUUUUGAUUAAGAAUUCUGAUCAGCCAUAAAAUCUAAGCUGGCAUCCCCCAUGUUGGUGCCUCAUCAUUCCACCAAAUAUACAAUCAGAGUCCUGCAGACUCAUCUCAGGCCUUUAAGGCUGGCCCACCUCAAAGGCCUAUCACUACCUUAUAUCAAUACAACAUUGCUUAUGUCUAUAAGUACAUUAUGUAAGCCUGCUAUUUACUGCAGCAGCUCUUACCGUCCUGCUCUGUGUCAGAACCAGGACAAAACAGCAAAUGGCAAAUCACAUAUGGAGGAACCUGAGGCUGGGAUCAGCAUUCCUGCCUCCCUUGUCCCACCAUCACUGGUCAAACCAAAAUCUUUGGUCUGUUGAAUAUAUAAUAUUAUGAGCUUUAUACUGUUUGAUGUUUGGUAUCAAUUCUUCAGUGGUUAACAAAAUAAAAUUAUCCCUUUAUUGAUUAUAUAUCCUUAUCGCAUUAUUUAAUAUUCACUGUUACAUCUCGGCGUGUUUCUUGUGCCUAUGUACCUUACCUUUACAAUCAAUUAUUAAACAGUAAAUAUAUGUUAUCCAUAAAAA